GCCGGGGAAAUCAUAUCCAACCCCAGAGACAGCUCAAAUUAAUUUCCCCUCAAUGAAGCAAAUUGCGUUGAUGUCCGCCUGCUUUGUCAUGUAACGCUAACCUAACGCUGCUUUAUAUGUAAACGUGCAUAAAAGGCCCAAAGCGCUAAGACUGCUUUUUCCAACACUUGUUGGCUUUGCAAGCGAGUCAGGUCUGUAACACAGGACCCACAGCACUGCACGCCAGACUCCAUUUGGAUCGCUCACAAACUGACGCCGCUCCUCGGAUAACAAGCUAAAGUGAGCAGGGCGGGAGCGGCCGCUGCAAACCGGGCAUAAAGUCAUAGAAACGCAGUUUUCUUGUCGUCGGAAACGUGUUCAUCAGCGACCUCACGGGAGCCCAGUUCUUCAGCACAUGUCGAUUUGUUAGUAACGUAAGAUUUAUUUUAAUUUAUAGAUUAGAAACGGACCUUUCGGCAUAAAGAAGUCGGUUGCCAAGCAACACAUUUUUAAAGCAACAUGUCAGUGUGCUCAGUUUAAAAAACACAAAGGCCGGUUUUGAUCUGUCCAUGGAGGUGACGGAUGGAUUUGGGGGGAAUUUAAAAGAUCUCCUUCCCCGUUGUUUACGAGUCACACGUUGAAGUGCGCCCUGCUGUUUUAUUCCGAGCUCAGUCCUCAGUGUCAGGAUAAUGUAAGGCUUUUGCUGCAGUUCUUUCACAACAAGAUCAACCUCGGGAAUAUUUAGUGGCAACUUCUUUCGGUCUGUGUGCCAAGAUGGGAAACGGACUGUCGGAUCAUCGCUCGCUGCUCCCCUGCCUCCCCUGCUUUCAGGCUCUUCACAUUGUCAUUCUAGGACUGGACUGUGCAGGCAAGACCACUGUGCUGUAUCGCCUGCGUUUCAAUGAGUUUGUGAACACUGUCCCGACCAAGGGAUUCAACACAGAGAAGAUCAAAGUGUCUCUUGGAGGCAGCCGUCGGACUGCGUCUUUCCACUUCUGGGACGUAGGCGGCCAGGAGAAGCUGCGGCCUCUGUGGCGCUCGUACACGCGCUGUGCUGAUGGCAUUGUGUUUGUGGUGGACUCGGUGGAUGCCGAGCGCAUCGAGGAAGCCAAGGCAGAGUUGCACAAAAUCACACGGCUGGCAGAGAACCAGGGUGUGCCGGUCCUUGUGGUGGCUAACAAACAGGACCUGCGCAAUUCUCUUAGUUUGCCUGAGAUGGAGAGCAUGUUGUCUCUAGGUGAGCUCAACACUGCCACACCCUGGCACCUUCAGCCUGCUUGUGCCAUUAUCGGCGAGGGACUGCAGGAGGGACUGGAGAAGCUCCAUGCCAUGAUCAUGAAGAGGAGAAAGGUGCUGCGGCAGCAAAAGAGGAAGAGAUGAUGUGCUAGUAGAGGAACUACAAACUAUGAGCAGAAUCUAAAGCUGCACAAGUACGGCUGAAUACAACACUGGGUUUAGCUGGAACAGUGAUACCCAUUCUGUCAGUUGCCCCUUUUUGUUUGGGUCUGUUCCUUCAACUGAAAUGGCUUAAAGUCAGCCGGUGCUCCCACUGAGGACAGUGCAAUGGAUUCUGAAUGCAAACAGUCAUUCUAAAGUUAGUGCAGCAAUACGCCGAACUCUCAAAGAAGGACAAAAAGCUUUUGUGUUUAUUUGUUGAAACAUGCGCUGUACCAACUUAAAAACAAUCAAAUAAGUCUCGAUCGUGUAUAUUCCACCAAAGCUCUGAAAGUUGACAACGACUCACUAAGUACAGAAUCACUACUGACUCCUAGAAACAGCGUCACGUGUCACAAUCGCUACAGUUGAAUAGAAGCUAUUUUUCAGAGGUGCGCCUGUGUUCCUGCUGACACGUCUCGAUGACAUGACAAGAGUACACUUACACUAAUUGAUUUUCAUC